AUGGCGCAAUAUAGAUCUUCUUCUGUAAGUAUACGUUGCAGCCAAACCCCAUACCCUCAAGUGUGCAACCAUUUCAUCAACACCAACCUCUUAUCAACCCUAGAUGAUCAUGAACAAAGGUUUACAUUUCGUGACUUUACACUUAAAGUCACCAUGGACCAAGCCAUUGGAGCCCAUCAACUCGUCUCAUCCUUGAGCUUGAACUCAUUGAAAGAUGAGAGAGCCAAGUUGGCUUGGAAUGAUUGUUUGGAGCUCCAUGAGGACACCGUCGACAAGAUCAAUUGUUCUAUUCGCUCCAACAACGCCCUAGACGCCAAUACAUGGUUAAGUGCAUCGAUUGCUAAUCAACAAACUUGCCAAAAUGGUUUCACCAAUCUCAAAAUUCCUAAUUCUUAUUUACAAUCAUUUCCAAAUUAUGUCACGCUAACAAGCAACCUGUCCAAGCUGCUUAGCAAUUCACUGUCGCUACACAAGGCCUCAACUUCACCGUCGGCUUUGCAUUUCAGCAAACAGGUUCGUGGGAAACGACACUUAUUGCUCUCGGAAUCAGAUGAUGGAUUCCCGGAAUGGGUUUCGUUUCCUGAUCGAAAGCUUCUGCAAUCGACUGGGGGUGGGGCAAAAGCUGAUAUGGUAGUAGCCCAAGAUGGGUCCGGAAACUACAAGACAAUUUCUGAGGCUGUGGCUAACCUACGCAGUGGGUCCACUGAAAGAUUUGUUAUACACGUCAAAGCUGGGGUUUACAAAGAGAACGUUGAGAUUAAGAAGACAAUGAAGAACAUCAUGUUCAUUGGUGAUGGGAUUGAUGCAACCAUUGUUACCGGGAACAGAAAUAGCCAAGAUGGUUCAACCACAUAUAGCUCUGCCACUUUUGGGGUUCAGGGGGAAGGCUUCAUUGCUCAGGGCAUGACAUUUGAGAACACAGCAGGACCGCAGAAACACCAAGCCGUGGCACUGCGCUCCGGCGCGGAUCACUCAGUGUUCUACCGUUGCAGCUUCAAAGGCUACCAAGACACUUUAUACGUAUACGCCCAACGCCAAUUCUACCGUGAGUGCGACGUAUACGGCACCGUAGACUUCAUCUGCGGCGACGCCGCGGCCGUGCUCCAAAACUGCAACAUUUACGUGAGAAAACCAAUGAGCAACCAAGUAAACACCGUCACAGCACAGUCGAGGACCGAUGCCAAUGAGAACACAGGCAUUGUUAUCCAUAGCUCGCGUGUCACAGCUGCUCCAGACUUGAGAGCUGUGCAAGGCUCGUUUAGAACCUAUUUGGGCAGGCCAUGGAAAAAGUACUCGAGGACGGUGAUCAUGAAGAGUGAUUUAGAUGGGUUGAUUGACCCGGCUGGUUGGUUCCCAUGGAACGGAAACUUCGCCCUCUCUACACUUUAUUAUGGUGAGUACAUGAACUCUGGGGCUGGUGCUGCCACUGGAGGGAGGGUCAAGUGGCCAGGCUAUCGUGUCAUAACGAGUGCGGUGGAGGCCGGGAAGUUUACAGUUGGGAACAUAUUGGCAGGAGAAUCUUGGAUUCCGGCCACCGGAGUGCCAUUUUCAGCUGGUCUGUGA